GCUUCAUCUCAUUGAUCAACUACAAAUUCUUUUCUAAUCGGUCACUCAAAAACAAUAUGUUAUUAUUCUAAUUUUAAAAUAUAUACACACACACACACACACAUAUAUAGAUAAGAGUGUAAAUAUGGAGGCAUUAAUUAAGGAUGUGAACAAUGGAGAUUUUUUUCCUAAUUUUUGGCUAUUUAUUUACUCCUCUCCGCAACACCCCCUGUUCUCAAUUCAAUUAAAAAUCAAAACUUUAAUUUAAAGAUGGUUGCUUUCUCUUCUUCAUUUCUCCCUACAGUUCUCUCUUCAAAGCUCCUUCCUUCUCCUCCCCCUGCAACUCCAUCUCACCAAUUCACCAUUUACUCUGUAAGUACUAAAGUUGAUGAAAAGCCAACUUCCACCACCACGAGGACAUCGCCAGAACCAGUCACUACCCAGACACCACCAUCACUUCCUUCCCCUCCAUCGCUGCCACCAAGAAAGCUAGUAACAAGAGCAGAACCAACCAUCCCCACCAUCGUUCUCAACGCAUUCGACGACAUAAUCAACACCUUCAUCGACCCUCCAGUUCGUCCCUCUGUAGAUCCACGACACGUACUCUCUCACAACUUUGCUCCUGUCGACGAGCUUCCUCCGACGGAGUGUCAAGUUGUGGAAGGUGUUCUGCCUUCGUGCUUAGAUGGUGCUUACAUCAGAAAUGGCCCUAAUCCCCAGUUUCUCCCUCGCGGACCUUAUCAUCUUUUCGACGGCGACGGAAUGCUUCACUCCCUUCGGAUUUCUCAGGGGAAAGCUACACUUUGCAGCCGUUUCGUCAAGACUUAUAAAUAUAUAACUGAGAGAAACGCCGGCGCGCCGAUUAUCCCGAAUGUGUUUUCCGGCUUUAAUGGCCUCACAGCCUCGGCGGCUCGCGGCGCUGUCACGGCGGCGAGAUUUCUAACCGGACAAUUUAAUCCUGUUAAUGGCAUUGGCCUUGCAAAUACUAGCUUAGCUUUUUUCGGGAACCGUCUUUUCGCUCUUGGCGAAUCAGAUCUUCCUUAUGCCAUUCGUUUAAAACCAGAUGGAGAUGUACAAACAAUCCGCCGCCAUGAUUUUGAUGGAAAGCUUUCAAUGAGCAUGACUGCUCACCCUAAAAUCGACCCAGAUACCGGCGAGGCUUUUGCUUUCCGAUAUGGCCCUGUACCUCCCUUCCUCGCUUACUUUUACUUCGACCCAAACGGGAAUAAAUUCCCAGAUGUACCCAUUUUCUCCAUGGCCAGUCCUUCGUUCCUCCAUGACUUUGCUCUCACCAAGAAGUACGCUCUCUUUGCCGACAUACAGAUCGGGAUGAAUCCCAUGGAGAUGAUGAGAGGGGGAUCACCAGUUGGCUCAAACCCUACCAAGGUGUCAAAACUCGGUAUCAUCCCACGUUACGCAAAGGACGAAUCUGAAAUGAAAUGGUUCGAUGUUCCUGGACUCAACAUAAUUCACGCCAUUAACGCUUGGGAUGAAGACGAUGGAAACGAAAUAGUGAUGUUAGCACCCAAUAUUCUCUCAAUAGAACACACUCUAGAGAGAAUGGACUUAGUCCACGCGUUAAUGGAGAAGGUAAGAAUCAAUUUAAGAACAGGUGUGGUAACCAGAACCCCACUUUCCGCCAGAAAUCUCGACUUUGGUGUUAUAAAUCCGGCUUACACGACGAAGAAGAACAGAUAUGUAUACGCAGCAGUUGGGGAUCCGAUGCCGAAUAUAACAGGGGUGGUGAAGGUGGAUGUUUCCGGCGACGGUGGCCGGGAGUGUAUAGUGGCUAGCCGGAUGUACGGACCGGGGUGCUAUGGCGGCGAGCCGUUUUUCGUGGCGAGAGAGCCGGAGAACCCAGAUUCCGAUGAGGAUGAUGGGUAUUUGGUGAGUUACCUUCAUGAUGAGAAGAAAGGGGAAUCAAAGUUCUUGGUGAUGGAUACUAAGUCACCUGAUCUUCGUGAUGUGGCUGUGGUUAAGCUUCCUCAGAGAGUGCCUUGUGGGUUCCAUGGAUUGUUUAUCAGAGAAACUGACCUUCUUAGGCUAUAAUCAAUCAAACACAAGACACGUUACUGUGUAUAUAUACAUAUAUAUAUACAAGACACGUACGUGUGCGUACACACACGCACGCACACACAUAUAUACGUAUAUCGUUAUAGUAAAAAAUUUCUUACUACAAAUCUGUCUCCAUGUACAAAGGCCAUCCAUCUUCUUCCAUAAACUCUUAGCGUUAACAGUUUAUGUAAUAUCUUUAUAUGAAUAUUUAUGUGGAUGGGGUCCAUUAAAUUUUAAAGGGA